GUUCCAUCAAUCAAUCUAAACCUUUGUAUAUACAAUAAUGCUUGGUCCAUUUAGAGGUACAUUACCCACAUUUGGUGGUCUUCUUUGGAAGAGAUCUUGGAGAAUGUCUCCAGAUCAAAAAUCUAGACUCAGAAAAAGAAUGCAAGUAGUGGACAAAAACAUUGAAGUCUUGUACGAGUCUCUUAAAAUUCAAGGUCAAGAAACCACCGGCCAUCCUAAACUUGAUUACCUCAUGCAUACAUUCCCAAAGGAAAAUGAAAUGAGCGCUACUGACAAGUACACCACAUUCAACAAAAACUCAAAGAACUACAGAAAGUCUGUGCAUCAUGUUCCUAAAUGGACAAAGUUAUCGUUCAGAGAGAACCCUAAAUAUUUCUAAAUUGUAUAUAGUUAAUGAAUAGAGC